AACGUUAUACAUAAAUCCAACUCCACCCUGUUAAACAUAUAAGACGACAGAACCCAAAUAUGACUUUCCUAAUUAGGGGAUAAAGAAGAGCAAUUACUAAUAAUUCCCCGCCGGCGCAACUAAUAUUUAAAAACUAUGCCUUAAGCACACCAGACUGGACUAAGGCCUUCACCCAUGACACACGCACACCCCUCCUAUAAAUAUAUAAUCAUAGACAUAGCUUUUCUUCACUAAGCCAUACAAGAAUUUUUAGCAUCCUUAUACUUACAUAAUUCAAAUAAGGGUUUCCAUGGAUUCGGUUGAGUCGUUGAAGGCUAAACUUGAUCAACUUCCCCAAGAAUCGUUCGCUGGGGCUUUUAAUCUCUAUGAGUGGGAAGGAUUUUGGUACCACCAAGAUCUGAUCAAAUGUGGAAUGGCAAUCCAAUCCAAGUUCGAAGCACUUGAAGAUGAUGUUAUCUUGACAACCUCUAUGAAAACCGGCACGACGUGGCUCAAGGCCUUGGUUCUGUGCAUCAUGAAGUCACAGAGCCUCAAAGAAGGAGAGGAGGACCCUUUGGAGAAGGCAAAUCCUCAGGCUUCUUUGAAGAGUCUGGAGGAAAUAUAUUUCAAUCCAAAUCCAGAUAUUUCAGGUAUCUCGUCUCCUAGACUCUUUCAUACUCAUUUCCCUUACAGAGCUUUGCCAGAUUCGGUAAAGAACUCAAACUGCAAGAUAGUCUACCUAGUCCGAAAUCCGAAAGACACGUUUGUGUCAAUGUGGGACUUCCUCAACAGAGCAAAGGGACCCAACCGGCCUGGAAUUCCUUUUGAGGCAGCAUUUGAGAGUUUCUGUAAGGGAGUUCACCUGUAUGGUCCAUUCUUUGAUCAUGCCUUGGAGUACUGGACAGAGAGCUUGAAUCGGCCAGACAAGGUACUUGUACUGAAGUACGAAGACCUGAAAAGAGAUCCUAAAGAACAGGUGAAAAAGCUUGCUUCGUUCCUUGGAAAACCAUUCGCCAAGGAAGAAGACAUUGAUAGCGUAAUAUGGAGGUGCAGCAUAGAGAGGCUUAAGAACUUGGAGGUGAAUAAGACUGGUGUUACCGAUACUGUUCGAAAGAUGCCCAAUAGCACCUUUUUCAGGCUUGGUGUGGUUGGGGACUGGAAAAACCACUUCACUGCCGAGAUGAGUGAGUCCCUUGAUCAAGUUAAGUGCAAGAAACUGGAAGGAUCUGGCCUUGAUCUUGACGAUUAAUCUUCAGACCUGCAAUCUUGAAGCAAAUUGAAAUGGGUUUUCUGGUUUGUCUACAGCAAAUUCAAAUAAAUAAUAAAUGUGGCCAAGCAAAUAACAAUGAAUUAUCCAGAUAAAAAUCUUUGUUAGUAGAUACAUUGUAACUAUUAUUACUAGGCACUUUGAAUUUAUUUCUGUAGAGACAGACAGUUGGCACAUAUGGUUGCUCCCUUUCAGUUUUAUAAUAAUAACUUUAUUCU